AUGAUGCUGAAGCGAAAGGUUACGAGGACAUUGUCUACCCGCUCCGUGGAGCCCCCGCAGACAGAUGAGAAGGAGGAAGCCGCCGGCUUCCUCCUUUCCUCUGCACACUCCCGCCUGGCCAAAGCUCUUACAGGUGACGCUGACGGGGCUGGCAAGAAGCAGAAGAAGGCCAAGGACAAGAAGAACAAGAAACGUGCGGAGUCAUCGGAUUCCUCGAGUGCCGAAUCCGCAAAGGAGGGGAUGCCGGAGCUGGCAUCCAUCUUUGGACUCCCCAGCAAGGAGUUCAGUCGCAGCCCGAAGCAGGCUCGUGCCGAGGACCUUUCGGCCACGCAGUUGGCGAUGGCAAUCAGCAACGUCGUUGAUUCCGUAUGUUCUCAAGAUGUGAUGGAAAUCGGCGGGGACGAAGCUUUGCUCUCCCAGAACAAGGACAGGUUCAAGAAGUUGAAAAACAAGGAUGGUGAAGGCGAUGCAAUCAAUCAGGCCAGAGCAGCGAGCAUGAGAUGGAAGAAACGACUCGCGAAUCUGUGUCAGCUUGGCUGCCUGGCUGCAGAUCUUUUUUUGGCAGCUUCCAUUCGUGUGAGUGAAAGCAAGUAG